AUGACUCCAAAACAACUGGAAAAGGGUAACCUGGAAAAUCGUACUUACCCAGAGACCGAUGUUGUCGACUGGGACGGAGAGGACGAUCCGACCAAUCCUCGCAACUGGUCAGAGCCCAAGAGAUGGGCGCAUGUUGUUACAAUCUCUAUUCUGGCUCUCAUCACGAACAUGGCCCCUACGAUGUGCGCUCCGGGCGUCACGGCAAUUGAGGCUGACUUGCAGAUAAGUUCCAGUGUUGCCAGUACACUUGCGGUCACACUGUACGUACUGGGAAUCGCGAUUGGCCCUAUGUUUAUGUCGCCACUCAGCGAGCUCUACCGCCGUGCGCCUGUUUACCACGCCGCCAACAUGAUGUUCGUGGCCUUUAUCGUUGGCAGUGCGUUAAGCCAGAGCCUCGCCCAGUUUCUCGUCUUCCGGUUCUUCUCCGGCUGCGCUGGUGGUACCCCGAUGGCGCUUGGCGGUGGAACGAUUGCCGAUAUCACAACUAUCCAGAAACGAGCGGCGGCAAUGGCGUUGUUCAGUAUGGGACCUCUGACGGGACCGGUUCUCGGUCCAGUCAUCGGAGGCUUCGUUACCGCAGGAAUGGGUUGGCGUUGGACGUUCUGGUUGCUAUCUAUUCUGGGAGGGGUGGCCGGAGCGACGGCGCUGGUUGUCAUGCGGGAGACGCACCCUAAAGUCAUUCUGGAGCGCAAAGCAGCCAAUCUACGUGCUACUACUGGCGACUUGAAACUGCGUUCCAGGCUUGCCAGUGGUACUCCGCUCUCACCCGGACAGGUCCUUCUCCAAAUUCUGAUCCGACCACUCAUGCUGCUUUUUGGAUCGCCUAUUCUACUCGUCAUAUCCCUCUACGUGGCCUUGGUGUUUGGUGUGAUGUACCUUCUCUUUACUACCUUUCCUAGCGUCUUCGAGGGUCAAUACGGGUUCAGCACGUCUGUAUCCGGGCUGGUAUACCUGGGUCUGGGUGUAGCAUUAGUCGCUAGCAUGCUUCUAUUUUACGUUCUCAAUGAGCGGGUACAGGCGGCACAGAUGAAAGCAGACGGAGUGCAACAAGUUCGACCAGAGUACCGGCUGCUCCUGAUGAUCUGGUUCAGCCCGUUCGUCGGGGUGGGCCUGAUCAUCUACGGCUGGACAGCAUACUACAAGGUUCAUUGGAUCGUGCCUAUAAUCGGCACUGUCUUCAUGGGGUUCGGAGCCUUUUUUGUGAUUAUGCCGGCACAACUCUACCUGGUCGACGUAUUUGGGUCCCAGGCGGCAGCCUCUGCUCUAGGCGCCAACAACCUGUUGCGCUACAUCUCAAGUACCUUCUUGCCACUGGCGGGGCCUGCCAUGUACCGUAGAACUGAUUACGGGUGGGGGAAUACGUUACUAGGGCUCCUUGCACUUGCAUUCGUUCCGGGGCCUCUUUUGUUCUAUCGAUACGGUGAGCGUUUGCGCAACAACUCUACGCGACGUAUAGAAUGA